AUGGCACCUAAAGUGACGCCCCAAAAGGCACCAAAAGUGUCCCUAGAGACCCCAAGGUGUCCCCAAAAGGCCCCCAAGGUGUCCCCAAAGACACCCAGAUGUCCCCAAAAGGCCCCAAGUGUCCCCAAAAUGGCUCCCAGGUGUCCCCAGAAGGCCCCAAAUGUCCCCAAAACAGCCCCCAGGUGUCCUCAAAAGUCCCAGCUGAUCCCAAAGGCACCCAAGUGUCCCCAAAACGGCACCCAGGCGUCCCCAGAGACCCCAAGGUGUCCCCAAAACGGCUCCCAGGCAUCCCCAGAGACCCCCAAGUGUCCCAGGGACACCCCCAAGUGUCCCUAA